AUGUCACCAACUGUUCACAAAUGUAAGAUGCAUAGUCUAUUACAUUAUUGGAACAAAGGCAUCUGUUCUGUGCCUGAAUUGACAACUGUACAAUGCAAUGUUGAAAAGCUCAAAAAAACUGGCACUUUGGAGCAUAAAGGCAGCAAUGUUCAUCCAAAGAAAAUAACAGCCAAUGUAGCAAAAACUGUUGGCCAAUAUGUUUGUCAAGAUAUAUCAGUGUCAUUGCAUUCUCUUGCCAUUAAACUUGAUAACAAUGAAAAUUUAGUAGUAGUAGUUAAUGAGGCAUUUGAAAAAGGAGAUUAUGAUACGGCAUGGGAAGAUUAUACCAAAGGAUUAAUAAUAUAUCCAACCGAUCCAAUUUUAUGGUAUAAUCGAUCGAUGGUUAAUUCAUUAAAAGGGUUUCCCGAAUUGACGAUAAUGGAUGCUAAAAGAUCAUUGGAAAUACUAGAAAGAAUUUACGAGAGGGCAGUAGAAACUUAUGAGAGAGCAAUAAACGAAAAAAAAGAAUAUCAAAAGAAAUUAAACGAUCAAUCUGAAUCAAUGAAACAAGCGUAUCCAACACUGAGAGAAUUUGUUGUCAAAAACUUAACAUUCAAAACGAUCUUCACAUUCAAUGGAAAUUAUCCUUGGGAUGAUAGAAUUUAUAAUCAUUCAGAUAAAUCAAUAAUUGAGUUGCUACAAAGUUACAUUGGUGGUGGAUUAACAAAUGAUAAUAUUAUGAUAUCCCCAGUAAAUUCUGCCAUAGAUAGAAAUAGUAACAAUGUUUGCAGUGACAAUAGCGGCAGUGAUAUUGAUGGUAGCAGUAGUCCAAGGGGAAGAAAAGUUCAACAACUAGGAAUUGUGGCGAAGAGAAAUAUUUCCAAAGGAUUGAUUGUAUUUCAAGAAGUUUCAUUUAUAAGUACUCAUCGAUUCGAUUCAUUGAAAUGUGAUUAUUGUCAUACACCUUUAAAUAAUGAAUCAAAGUUAGCAUGUGUAAAUCAAUUCUGUUCAGAUUUUUUUUGUACUCUAAAUUGUAACCAAUUGGCAUUACAACUUUAUCAUUCACCAUUAUGUGGUAACGGUUUAUAUUCUUCAUUUAAAGCAAAAACGUACAAUUUAUUACAAAUAGGUGCAAUAAACAAUAAAAUUUAUUUUGAAUUAAUGUUAACGUUGAAAUUAUUUAGUAUUGCAAAAAUUAGAAAUAUUUGUCCUUUAGAUAUUCAUGAAAUCAAAUAUCUGUCAAGUAUCAUAAAAUCAAAUGUCAUUCAAUUGAAUUCUACAUUUCAAAAAGAAGUUGUUGGAUUAUUUCCAAUAGCUGGAUUUAUCAACCAUACUUGUUCAAAUCCAAACAUAAGAGUUAGAAAUUUUCCUUUGAGUUUAGCUAGUGACAAUAAUACUAGUAAACUGGGAUAUGGUAUAAUAAUAGAAGCAUGUAAAGAUAUUAUGAAAGGUCAAGAAAUUUUGAUGAGUUAUUGUGAUUUGAGCAAAAUUGAGAAAUUACAAAAACAAUCAUUUUUAUCAAACAAUCCUUCAAUAAAUCCUACUGGUGUAGAAUUUACCAAACUUAAUGAUUUCAAAUCGCCUGUUUUCAUGGCCGUUUCAGCUAACAUUGAUACACUAUCUCCUGCAACAGCAGUUGAUAAUAAUGAUAAUCGAUAA